UUCUCUCUGCCUUGGAGUCUCACAGAACUCAUUCUCUACAGUUGUUGGUUUAUUGGGAGGAAGACUGGACUGGGCAGAUGCACAGAAUCCAUAAAGAAUAAGCCCUACAGAGACUUUGCUUUAGCGCCUACUAACUUACCAUGAUAUAAAGUGGUAUAAGGAAUGACCCGAAGAGCCAGCAAACGUAACAGCGCCAUGAAGGCAAUUCCUAAUAGUUUGAUGAUCACAAACCCAAUACUGAAAUGUUCUGAGUCCGUUCCUAUGAGAAGUGCAUAACACAGACUAAAACAGAAUUUUGUGGGCUUUUUGACUUAUGGAGGGGGCUGCAAACACAGAGGGACCUGAAAAUGACCAAACCCUAAGUAUUGACUCAUUUAUCGAGUACAUAAUGGCCAUCCAAGAGUUAUCCAUAACGGACCCACAAAUCCAAGGGGAUCAGGAAUUACAAAAAGAAACCAGGAUGGAGAGCGGUGAAAAUAAUUUGAUUUCGAACACUGAAACCAACGCAACCCAACAUUCCGAGCUGGUGUCAAGCCCAAUAAAUACUCCAAAAAUUGAGGACAUAGACAAUAAGGACAAUGAUGGAUUUGGUAAGCGGCACGAUAAAUUGUUCACAUGUCACACACACAGUAUGGAUCGUGUGUAUUGUACGUGGCUCGGCACUAACUACUGGUACAUGUAUGCCAAGCCAUACUGGGACACUAAGCUGCCUUCAGAAGAGCAAUUUUUUGAUGAUCGUCUCAACUAUUUGGAAUGUUCUGAUGUCAUGACUGAUUAUGCCAACGGAAUGUGGGAACAGGCUCUGUUAGACUCUGACCCUGGAUCUUUACUGGAAAGUGACCAGUAUGAUGAGACAAAGCAAAGCCAGGAUUACCUAAAUGGGUGUGAUCUUGCCCUUAGUGGUGUGACUUGUUUGAAUGAAGUGUCGGAUAACAGUGUAGAUGAGGAGGACUCCUUUACUGGCCUCGCUGUCAGUCCCCCACAGCCAACAGAAGUAGCUGUCAGAAAGGAACUCUCCAGGGAUCGCCUGGAAGCUCUACAGCCAGAGAUGGUUAUAACUGUGGGGCACCAAGAAGAUGAAACCUCCAGUGUGAAAAGCAAAGAGAGAUGUAAACUGCCUUUCUCUGCAGUCGCCAUUCAGAAUGAUCAGGCUGGGAUUGAAGAGGAGAACAAAGAAAAUAGCCUUGUUGGGGAGCUGUCUAUUCAUGGCAAACAACUCCUUGGUACUACUUCAGUGGAACACCCCUCGGCCAAUAGCAUAGAUACCUUGGCGAAUAUUAAAUGUUUAAACUCACAGACGGGUGAACAGAUGGAGAAUUCUCUCAUACUGACCUCUCCAAGCACGGAUACCGAAAGGCAAAAGCAGUCACCAGAAGAUAAAAUGGUUGUGCCUCUUGGAGAGAAUUGUCCCACUAAGUCCAGCGAAAUGGAAUCAAACCAACAGUUCUCUGGAAUAGGUUUGACCGACAUAAAUGGAACUGUUCCGUCCCAAAGUAGAGAGAAAACUAAAGGGCAAAACUGCAAGAAAACAGCAGAGGCAGUUUCUUACCUUGUGGAGCAACAGGUGGCCAAGUGCCACUGUAACAUGGAAUGUCCUGCCAGAAGAAAUGCCAAAGAAAACCCCGCACUUACAGUUACAAAUGGCAAUGAAUCCUACAACUUUCUGCCUGAAAGCAGCAGCCAGUCCAGCCAGGGACACAGAACCUCCACAGAGGUCUCAGGACGCGAUGCCAAUGGGCUCCACAAGAUACACAGUGACUGUCCUUGUCACAGAUCUAACGUCAUGCCAAAAGACAUUUCUUUAACUUUGUUCAAGGAAAAUACACAUUUUACUCAGCCAUUUGAUAAUAAAGACAUUUUAGGAGAAAGUGCCUCUUCUACGUGUUCUACUGUGGUGCCCAAACCGUUAGGCACCAUACAAAAAGUGAGUAACCUUACUAAAGCUGUAAGUGUUAAAGCUUCCUUGGACUGUAAACAUGAGAAUGUUGGAGACACUUUAGCAAUGAUCGACAGAAAUACUGAUCAAGGCCUUAAUCCUUGUCCUGAAAAUAAAGGUUAUGGUGGAAUGACUAGCCGCAGAGCUACAGACCAGCUCAAAAUGAAUCUUAUCACAAAAAAAGCAAAUAGCAUAACUACACAACAAAAAGAUACAAUUCCAGAGGGUAAAAGAAGGCCUUCAAAGAAAGACGGUAUUUUUGGGAGUAACAGAGAGCUACUAAAUGGUGGUGUUGUAUGUAAGGCAACAGUGGGUAAAGGUGCGGCACCAACCAUGAAAUCAAAGGUGGAGGCACGAGGUUCAUCGGGUGGAACAGUUCCCAAGGAUUCAGAUGAAGAAGACGAUAAUGCAGGUUACAUUCCAAAUUCCCAGGAGCUGUUAUUUAUCUCUGAGGAUUCAGAUGUAUAUGAAACCAGUAAGCUGGAUACAAAACGAGAUAGCAGCCAAAAGCCCCAGUGCCCAAACUCACUGGCAAACGCACUCCCAAAACCAAGCAGUUCCCAAACUCCAGUGGCUUCUAUAGGUCUGCUGGAGACCAAAGCAGAGAAGAAAAUGGCUAAAAGGACAAUAAGUGCACAGGGGAAGGAAUGUGACUCACAUCCCAAAAUCCACAACAAACAGACAUUGGGGGGAAAAGAGGGACUGGCAGGAGAUAAAGAUAAGCUUGUCAAAAAGGAGGACAAGAUGGAGACUUCUUCUGCUUCUUCUGGGAAAGAUAAAGAUGGUAAAGCUCCCAGACUACUGCACAAAAUACAGGUCGAAAUGUUCGCUGACUACUCUGGAAAUGUGAAAUUGUUCUGUCAGUUCAGAGACAUCCACGGGGACUCCACCAUUACCUGGACCAAGGAUUCAAAGCUGCUGGCUCGGAUGCACAGAAGCUCAAGUGAUGAGUCUCCUGUUUCACUAGCAAUAGUGCAAAUGAGUAAAAAAGACCAGGGGAUAUAUCUGUGCACCCUGAAGAAUUCAUAUGGAAAAGCAUCAUCAGAAUUUCAUCUGACUUCCGAUGUGCUGGAGCAGCUGUCUCCCUGUCCAGAAGCUGAAGGCGGUGAGGAGAUUGAGUUUAAUCAGCUCUUGUUCCGAGAGGACUUCAUCACCGACAUGUACUUUGGAGGCAACCUGUAUGGCAGAAUCACUACGGAAGACUUGCACUUUGGUGAAGGAGUCCAUCGGAAGGCGUUUCGGAGUAAAGUCAUGUGCGGCCUAUUCCCUGUCUUCAACCCUGGGCACCUGUGUGUUCUGAAAGUGCACAACGCUAUAGCGUAUGGGACGAAGAACAACGAUGAACUGGUGCAAAGGAACUAUAAGCUUGCUGUGCAGGAAUGCCACGUGCAAAAUACUGCGCGGGAAUAUGCUAAGAUCUACGCGGCAGAAGCUGAACAGUUGGAAGAUUUUGGAAAAGUUCCGGAGAUAAUUCCCAUCUUCCUCAUCCACCGCCCAGCAAACAAUAUCCCCUAUGCAACAGUGGAGGAGGAAUUAAUUGGGGACUUUGUGAAGUAUUCUGUGAAGGACGGCAAGGAGAUCAAUGUCCUGAGGAAGGACUCGGAGGCCGGGCAGAAGUGCUGCACGUUCCAGCACUGGGUAUAUGAGAAGACCAAUGGAAAUUUACUCGUCACUGAUAUGCAGGGUGUUGGAAUGAAACUGACAGAUGUUGGCAUAGCAACAAUAACUAAAGGGUACAAGGGAUUUAAAGGGAACUGCUCGGUCUCGUUCAUAGAUCAGUUCAAGGCCUUACACCAGUGCAACAAGUUCUGUGAAAUUCUAGGGUUAAAGUCCCUGAAAGCCAACCCAGCGAAGCCAAAGAAACAAAGUGCUGCCAAGGAAAGGACUCAGCCCAGCGCGGCCGGCUCCCGAAAAAGCAAAAAUGGGCCCAAGCCGAAGCACAAAACGUAGCUCCUCUCCGGCGCUAUUUGUGGAGGAAUGCGCUUCCUAGACCCUAUUGAGUUACCCACCGAGGGGACAUUGCUGGUUGCCUAGAAACAGCCGUUAGUUACCCGGCAGAUGGACUCAUUCACAGCCGCUUAGUGUGGAACUUUCUUCAUUUUGGAUCCCCUUUUCUGUACAGAAUAUUCAUAGUUUUCCUAAGGAAAUAGUGUGUAUAUAUAUAAUAGCGCGGGGAUAGCGCAGGACACACGCGGCCCUCCCGCUACAGCUGGUCUAGAACUCCCAUCAUCCCUCUGACUGACAGGGGCCGUUGGGAGUUGUAGAUCAAUGAAAGCAGGGGGGCUGCCAGCUGGAUAGCCGGCAUUGUUUAGGAUUUUUGCUGAUAGCUUGCAUAGGCCGUGUGUACAGCAGCCCCAUUACGGGGGGGCAGGACUUACACGAAGUCUCUACUUUAGCUUCAAGCUUUUCUUAUGCGCUUUAUAAGCUUUAAAAUAGGCCCUGGCAUCUCAGGUUCACAGAGACCCAAACAUGGCACCCCCACCGGCCCAAUGAAUACUG